UAAAUUUAUUAAAAAAAUAAUUUUUGUAAGUUGUUCGUGCCUAAGAAAUAUCGUUAUUUGCAAUCAUUUUAAUUUCUUUUAAAAAUUGAACCAAGAACAAUUCACAGGUACCGUACCCGCGCGCCCACAAGGCACCAAUGCGCCACAGUGCCGGCGGCGGCGGCGCGGCGCUGCCGGCGCCUUGCGGCCGUCUGCAUGCCGGCGCCCUCCCCGCGCUCGUGGCCGGCCUCGCCCGCCGCGCGACGACCCCGGCGACGGCGAGGCAGCUCCAGGUGCAGCUCCUCCUCCGGGGCCUCCCGCUCCCCGCCCGCGCCGCCGUCGCGCUCAUAGCCGCGUCCCCUUCCCCGCGCCACGCCCGCGCCGUCUUCGACAGCGCCUUCCCCGCCGCCUCCGGGAACGUCUACCUCUGGACCGCCACCAUCGCCGCCUACGCCAAGCACGCGUCGUCCUCCUCGCCGUCAGCGGCCGUGGAGGCGCUCGCGCUGUUCCGGCUCAUGCUCCGGCGCGGCGACCCGCGCCCGAACGCCUUCACGGCGAGCUCCGUGGUCAGGUGCUGCUCGGCACUGCGUGCCGUCCUGGAAGGGCUCCAGGUGCACGGGUUCUUGGGGAAGGCCGGGCUGGGACGCUCCGCGCACGUGGGCGCCGCGUUGGUUGACAUGUACGGUAACCUUGGUCAGGUGGCGGAUGCGAGGAGGGUGUUCGACGAAAUUCCUGCGAAGAACGUGGUGGUGGGGAACACCAUGGUAGCGUGCUACGUCAGGGCUGGGGACGUGGCGGCUGCUCGGGAGGUGUUCGACGGGAUGGCAGAGAGGGAGCCGAUCUCUUGGAACACGAUGAUGACGGGGUACCUGUGGCAGGGGGAGGCUGGUGUCACGAGGGAGUUGUUUGAAGAGAUGCCGGAGAGGAGUGUGAAUAGCUGGAACAUGAUGAUUUCUGCUUGCUCGGAGGAGGGGUUGUGGGUUGAUGCAGUCCGGGUGUUCAAUCGGAUGCGUCAUGCAGGGUUCCAACCUGAUGCUGCGACUAUGGCUGUGCUGAUGUCCGCUUGUGCGCAGCUUGGUUCUUUGUCAGUUGCAAGACAGGUUCAUGGGUUUUUGAAAAAAGGCUACGUCGAGAUGAACUGCCACGUGCUGAAUUCGUUGGUUGACAUGUAUGCCAAAUGCGGUAGUGUCAGCCAGGCUCAUUUGCUGUUUGUCGAGACACAACUGAAGGAUACAGUGUCUUACAAUGUGAUGAUCACUGCUCUUGGGCACCAUGGACAUGUCAGAGAGGCACUUCAGCUCUUCAAUGAGAUGGUUUUGGAAGGGUUACAUCCAGAUUCCGUUACUUUUCUUGGCGUCUUAUCAGCUUGUGCUCAUGCCGGACUUGUUCACGACGGAAAGCACUACUUUGAGUCCAUGAGGACAAAUUAUGCAAUUGAGCAAUCCCUGGAUCACUAUGCUUGCAUGGUGGAUCUAUAUGGCCGAGCUGGGCUCAUUGAAGAAGCAUACUUCUUAGUGCAGACAAUGCCAAUGAAACCACAUGCAGGAGUCUGGGGAGCCUUGCUCAAUGCAUGUAGAAAACAUUGCCAAGUAGAAGUUGGUAAGAUCGCAGCGAGAGAACUCAUUACAAUUGAACCAAGGAAUCCUGGAACUUAUAUACUCCUCGCGAACACAUUGGCUCGUGGUCAGCAAUGGGACUUUGUUGAAACUGUGAGGCAAUCGAUGAGAGGGAAGGGUAUUGACAAAACGGCAGGGUGCAGCUGGGUUGAAGUGGACAGUGUUGUUCAUGAGUUCUUGAUGAGGGACUUGAGCCACCCUAAUUCUGAUAAGAUUUACAGUAUCCUUGAGCAUCUGUAUCUUCAACCGGCUUAAAGUUUAUGUUGCUUUUGAGGGUGAUAUCAAGGACGAUUUCAUGUCACAAUGACUGAAUACACAGCGAUGUGUACAUGAAAGAUGUACUGUUCAGAAUCCAUGACGCAAAAGGACAUAACCCCAGUCAAGGAUUCCAUUAAUUCUUAACUGCUCUCACACGGAUGAAGCUUGUUGAAUCUCUAGUAGAGAUGACAUGAAGAGCCGUGGAUCUUUGCUUAAGACAGGAUUAAUGCAGUACUUAAAAUUUAUGAUUUGGUCUUGACACAACUAUGGAGAAGCUAUAUAGAAGAAAAAUUGGCAAAAGAAACAUGAUUUGUUGCUUGAGUUCAGUUUCCUGAGGCUGGACAUGUUCAGACUUCAGAGUUUUCUGGAACUUGUGGCAUUCAAGGGGGAGAUGCAGCAUAGAAAUCCGAGUUUGGCAUCAGCUCUACCUCCUCUGACAUGAUCGGCAUAAGUGGCAUGGACUAGGCAGUUUGAGUAUCUUAGUGACAGCUUCUCCAAUCCACUCCGAAACUCUGUCCAAGAAACAUACAUAAUGAUCACGAUCCGUUGGUCCUGUACUCCUGUGUCUGCAGAGCAGAGGGACAUGGAGGCUUCCAGCAUCAAGGAUAGGCGCAAUGAUGGUGCUUGGCGAACCUUGGUAGCACUAGACAGUACGGGUUCAGGGAUUCGCAAUUUAAGGUAAUUUGAGGUUCCAAUAAGCUAUCAUUGACCACGGUUCGGCUUGUCUUAUUUCGGCUUAUUCUCUCUCACAAAAUAUCACGACGUUUGUUGUUCUUCUUCGUCCUCAUGGCAUUUAUCAUUUUUUCGUAAGACUGAAUUGGUGAGGGGCCCUGUGGAUGGUUCAGUUUGACUGUGCACGAGUGCAUCCAUGUACGGAUCGGAUGAUAAAAAUUUAAAAACAGAUUGUGUAUUGUGCA